UCGCCAGGCUGAAAGCCGCUUCUGCAAGGCUGACAGUCGACGACCCCACAUCCCUGCAGUUGUGACGGAGCUGUCAUCGACCUUUUCUAACCUCCUGGAUCUGUUCAAGGUUUAACCAUUCGACAUUCCAAAGUACUGAAUCUUUGGUAUGCAAUAGUGAACUCUCUGUUAUGCUCCGUAUUUGACCUUCCGGUUGCCGCAUUGCCAUGGCGCCAAUCCGCCGCUACCUGAGGAUAACCAAGUACUCGGUUCUCGAGUGCCGCAUCUACCUCGACAACCCGGCGCUGGCGCAGUCUUGGCUUCUGAACCCAAGGGAUCCUGUGCUGCCCAGGGUCAUCGACACAGUCCGCCCGCUCGUCCUGCCAAAGCUACGGGAGGAGAAGGAGCGCGAACGUAGCAGGAAGAAGGGGGCCAAAAAGAGAAACAUCAAAGACGUGGUCACGGCGGAUGACUUCGAGGUGUCCAUAUUCCUGACAGAGACGAAUACCCGACACUCGUUGCUGUAUAAGCACAAGCAUUUCAGGGACAAGACACAGACAAAACUGACUUCCAACUCGACCAAGCUUACCGGCGCAUCCAGCGAGGCGCCAAUCGAUGUCGACGGCGGUUUCCCAGUAGCCAGCGACGAGACGCCGGCGCUGCGCCGCGAGGAGAGCGAUGACAACGAUGCCAUCAUCCUGGACGACAUCCCUGCGAUAAGCGAACCGGAAAUAGAAACAGACCUAGGCAGCGCCAAUCGGCCAUCAAAAAGACGGCGGCGAGGGCAGCCAGCGGACGACGGGGGCGGUGAAGGUUCAGACAAUGGUGGUCUCGAAGUAAUCGAAUCUGACCUAUCGGCAGAUGGGUCAGACGACGAUGGCGCGGGCAGUGCUGGCAGUGACAGCGAGUCCUGGACGGACGACCAGCCGCCAUCAAAGCGGCGCAAAGAGGGCGAGGUUGGUCGCGACAGUGCGGCGCGCGACGAUAAGAAGAAACUAGCCAUGGAUAUCUCAUACGAGGGGUUUGCCAUCUACGGCCGCGUGCUGUGUCUGGUGGUGAAGCGCCGGGGUACUGGCGGCGGCGGUAGUGGCAGCGGAGGCAGGGGCGGGACGUCUGUUUCGUCCCUGGCCAAUAAAUCCCAGACAGGCCCGCCAGCCGGUCAGGCCAUGAUGGAGAAUUGGAUCACGUCGACGCAGAUGCCUACUGCCGCCGAGGGCGACGAACUAGAGAGGCGUGAUAUUGGCGGUCUGAGUGCCAAAAGCCGCGGUUAGCUAACGAGGUAUCCGUGCUUCUCGGAAUAGUGGAUAUUUGCAAGCCAUCAUCGUACGACCAACGCAAUACGAGCGGUGGCCCUGAGCUGAGAGCGACCAGUGAACCUCCCUUCGUGCGGCACUACGAAGUACGAGCAUAUGAGGCUGAGGCUGCUUCAACACGCCAUGCGUGACUGGUUUGAUACGGGCUCACGCGUCACGAGAUGAGGCAACGUUAAGCGGGCCGC